AGGCAUAAUAUUUUGUUAUGAACCUUUAACGUUAUUUUAUAAGUCAUUGGAAUAUUUAAAAGAUGUCCAAGGUGCUCAUUGUCUGUGUUUUGUACAUGUUGACAGUUUUUCGUGUUUGCAAAGCGGACGAAAAUACAAAUAUACAAAUUCCAUUAAUGGAUAAUGUUAAGGCGCCACUUUUUGUUGAUUUUAAUUUGUCAACCGUGAAUCAACAACUAAAAAGAGUUAUUCAACAGGAGGUGAAACGCAGCGUACAAGAUAGAAGUAAUGAUAGUGGGAAUUGUGACCGAAAAAUUGAUGCAAUGGAGAAAACCCUUCAGGACUUGGUGGUAAAUUAUACAAAUACACUAAAUCAACUGACUCAAACGGUUGAAACCAUAGCUCCAGCUAGCUGCCAAGAGCCAUACCAGAGGAUAGGCAGCAGAUGUUAUUUCAUCAGUGAUAACAAAGUUUCGGGUAAUGCAGCCUUUGCUAGCUGUACAGACCCAGGAGCGUAUUUAGCUAACUUUGAAACCUUAGAAGAGGCAAUGGUUAUGAUCUUAUUCCUUCAGAAGAAGAAAACAGGUAAUUCCUAUUACGUUGGAGGACGAAACAUUAACAGAUAUCUCCCAAAUGGUGAUUGGCGGUGGAUAAAGCAUGGUAAAGCCACACCGAUGACAUACUUUGCCUUUCAGGAAGGACAACCUUCAGGAACAGCUAAAGAUGAACAGGACUGCAUGUUUUUCUAUGCCAAUGACAGAUACCAGUUUUAUGAUAUUCAUUGCGAUCAUAAAAGCUAUUAUGGCGGUUAUAUUUGUGAAAAAUAA